AUGCCUUCGUGGCAGCACCCGCAACUGGCACCCAGCCUUCGAGGAACCCCAGCCACAGUGCAGGCACAGACUGCAUCCUCUCCUGGUGCUAUGCCUGUCCUUGCCUGUGGUGGUGCAGUGGCGGCUGCAGCAGUUGCAUCGCAGCGAGCUGGCCGUCAUUCACGCACAUCAACCUUACCUACAAGUGUGGUCCCAGUCAAGGAGAGCCGUGUUACUCGACAGGCAUUGGACCAGUCCAGCCGCUAUGCAGACUUGUCCCUGGACGAGGACACCUUGAUCAGGAACGGCAAGCAUGUUUUGGUAGCUUACAUCAUGAAGCCCAAGGCCGGCUACGACUACUUGGCAACCGCUGCUCACUUUGCUGCUGAGUCCUCCACUGGUACCAACGUGAACGUGUGCACCACUGAUGACUUCACCAAGUCCGUGGAUGCCCUGGUAUACUACAUUGAUCCCGACAACGAGGAGAUGAAGAUUGCGUAUCCAAAUCUGUUGUUCGACUGCAACAUCACCGAUGGCCGCGCCAUGAUGUGCUCCUUCUUGACCUUGGCGAUCGGAAACAACCAGGGCAUGGGUGAUGUCAAGUACGGCAAGAUUUAUGAUUUUUACUUGCCUCCAGCCUUCUUGAGGCUCUACGAUGGACCUUCCGUGAAUGUGGAAGACAUGUGGCGCAUUCUUGGCCGUGGCACGACCAACGGUGGUUUGGUGGUUGGCACCAUCAUCGGGGGGACUGGGGUUCAUGGCAAGUGCAGACAGCCGUUGAUUGAGGUCGUCAUGCUCUUGGUCUUCUAA